AUGAGCGGGUCUGCAGAAAAACAUGUCUCGUCUUCCAAAUUGGAAGGGGUUAUAAAUAAAGGCAAUGAUAAUGGCACCCAUAUGAAACCACAUGAGCUUCAUGAGGCACAAGCGGUGCCUACUGGUGAAAAAGAUGCAGAGGAGGCGGGAAAGACACAACGAAAAGAUCAGGCGUCAGCUUCAGUAAAAACGGGUGCGGGGGAUGCUGAAAUGGGUGAAGCCGCUCGGAGUCCAAGUCUUCAGAGGAAAAAGAGUAGCGUAAAGGAUCGCAUUGAAGUGACAAAGCACAAUAAAUUUGUGCGGUGCACAGUCUGUGGUGAUGAUAUUCCCAUUGGCGAAUGGCCCGAUCACCGCGACCGUCUCCGCUCAGUCAGGCUUCUUUCUCUACGUGUAAGCAAAUUUCACGAGUUUGUUGUAAGCCUAUUCAUUGAUUUUUUCAUGUGGGUUCUUAUGAAUAUUUACUUCCGUGAGGUGACGGUAGUGAACAAGGAAAUGGUUCCAAAGACUGGGGCAGUGGUGUUCUACGGAAACCAUCAAAAUCAGUUUAUUGAUGCUAUGAUAAUUCGAGCCAAUUGCGGAAGACCCGUGCGUUUUAUAAUGGCGGAGAAAUCGUUUCACCGACCCAUUGUUGGGCAAUUUGCACGAAUGAUGCAUACUGUUCCAGUGGUUAGGCCACAAGACGUUCCUAUCACGCCUGGAGAGGGAUUUUUGCUGCGUAUGAAUGGUGCCAUUGUUCACGGGGAAGGAACCAAAUUUCACACUUCACUUGCGAACGGCGAUGUGAUUAUGUGGGGCAAGGGGACAAAUAAUUGCACGGCACAAGUCCAUUGCAUCAUCUCCGAUACUGAGUUGGAACUCACUAUGCCUGUUCUGGCGUCAAACGUCGUUACACAACCCACAGCAUUUAGAGUAUCACGCCGCAUUGAUCAUUCCACCAUGUACGCCAGCGUGUAUCAGACACUGCAAAAAAAUCAAUGUAUCGGUAUUUUCCCUGAGGGUGGUUCCCAUGACCGCACCUCUCUUCUUCCACUCAAGGCCGGUGUGGCUCUUUUCAGUCUUGGGGCGGCAGAGCGAGGCAUCAGUGUGAAGGUGGUUCCAUGUGGGUUGACGUACUUUUAUGGUCACAAGUUUCGGAGUCGUGCUCAUAUUGAAUUUGGCGAGCCUAUCACGCCCUCGGAGGAUCUUGUGGAGCUCUUUAGUAGGGAUAAACGUAAGGCUACAGGUAUAUUUUUGGAACAUCUCAAUGCGGAGCUGCGCGGAUUUACCAUUAAUGUGCCCAAUUGGAGUGCUUUGAACUUUCUUCAUGGGUUUCGCCACUUGUAUCAACCUCCGAAUUGUACUCUGGCAACGCGAGACUACCUGCGCCUGGCUCGUCGUCUGAAUGCCAUCAUGGAGGCACAAAAGAACAAUCCGGAAUUCAUUGACUUCCGGAACCGUGUGGAAAACUAUCAAGAUUACUGCAACGCCUUACUUGUACGUGAUAGUCAGGCCGCUACACUUGGAAAAUUGGGAACCACCGAGGCACAGCAGCUACAACUUCUUUUCCGUCGGUCCUUCACUUUAUUUUUGAUGGGCGUUAUUCUUGUGCCUUUUUUUGUAGUGGGUCUUCCCAUUGGGUUCUUGGCGAGUCACUUGUCGCAGCGUCACAGGAAAAAAGCCCUCUCCGAGAGUAGCGUGAAGGUUGUGGGGGCCGACGUGGAGGGAUCGUAUAAGUUGCUUGUGGGUUUCUUUAGUGUCCCUGUGGUAUUCACUUUUGUUUCCCUCGUUAUGUUUUUCUACACAGACCUUCGUACUGCCCUCACUGUGUUUUUUAGUCUUCCCAUGGCGAUGUACGUCUCCUUGUUGAUUCUUCAGGAAGCCGUGAUUGAGCUACGGGCGGCUUUACCACUUUUCAUGUCUGUUGUUUCGAAGCACAAGCAGUUUCGGAAGUUGUACGAGCGUCGCCAAGCGUUAGUGGCACUUACAAAUGAACUGGUUGCUAAAUGGGACCCGGAGCUGGCAGAAGAAGUGCAAACAUACGUAAGAGAAUCCAAAGAUGACAUGAAAAGACGUGAACCUUCGUUAUUUUCUUUGCGCCAUAGCGGUCUUAGAAGGCUUGCAGAUAGGAUGAACUGA